AUGGGCGUCUCUGGACUACUUCCCUUGCUCAAGUCAAUCCACAAACCAACUGAAUUGAAGAAGCUCGCCGGCGAGACGCUUGGUGUCGAUGCCUAUGGCUGGCUUCAUCGUGGGGCCAUCGCCUGUGCCCUCGAGCUUGCCCAAGGCAAGCCCACCCGCAAAUAUGUCGACUUCGCCAUGCACCGUGUACGAAUGCUGCGCCAUUUCGGCGUCACGCCUUAUCUUGUCUUCGACGGCGACUUCCUCCCCAGCAAAGCGAUGACUGAAGGCUCUCGUGCCAAACGCAGAGACGACAGCAAGAAGAUGGGAAUGGAACUGCUGAAAGCCGGCAAAAAUUCACAGGCCUUUGCGGAAUUUCAAAAAUCCAUUGACGUAACCCCCGAGAUGGCUCGCAACCUCAUCGAUGAGCUCAAGAAGAUCCACGUCGAGUACGUCGUGGCACCAUACGAGGCUGACUCGCAGCUCGUCUACCUCGAACGUCAAGGAAUCAUCGGUGGUAUCUUGUCAGAAGACUCUGAUCUACUGGUGUUUGGCUGCAAGCGACUGUUGACCAAGCUCGACCAGUACGGCAACUGCAUCGAAAUCAACCGCCGUGACUUUGCCGCCUGCCGAGAGGUGUCCCUUACUGGAUGGACAGACGCUGAGUUUCGACGCAUGGCCAUCUUGAGCGGCUGUGAUUACCUUGCCGGUGUUAGUAAUAUGGGCUUGAAGACGGCAUACCGCAUGGUUCGACAGCACAAGACACCUGAACGUCUCGUCCGCAUGAUGCAGUUCGAAGCAAAGCAUCGUGUGUCGGAGGACUAUCUUGCCAACUUUACCAAAGCCGAGCUGACAUUCUUGUACCAACGAGUCUACUGUCCCAAGAAGAAGGAGCUUGUUUUCUUGACAGAGCCAGAGGAAGGACAGGGUGUCAAUGAUAUGCCCUUCAUUGGCGCAUUUGUCGAGCCUACCAUUGCGAGGGGUGUAGCGACUGGACAUCUGAACCCAAUGACCAAGCUGCCCAUCAUCCCUGCUGCGAUGCCCGAGUCAAAGCGUCGCCACUCUCAAACGGUUGCUCGCCCUACAGCCUCCCCUAUCGCCUCGACAGCUGCGAUGGCAGCCUCUCGUACCGGGAGCCACACGCCGACGAAGCCGAUUGACACUUAUUUCAAGAACCGUGGGCGGAUUCCCAUGGGCGCCAUGGAUCCCAACUGCUUCUCUGUCGACCCGCAGCGAGUCGCUGCACUCACCCAGAACGGCCUUGUGCCCCGCGUUUUCCCAUUGCCUCGACCGUACCUCGACGAGGCUACAACUCGCGCUGCUGCUCCCAGCACCCGGCGAGUGCAGUCUGCCACCACUUCAACGUCUCCAAGAGCAUUGCGCAGACGCAGCGAACCGGCGGGGGCUCUACUUUCACGAGCCAGCAGCAGUUCAUCCGAACCCUCUCGUCGCCAGAGCUCUAUCAUCCCUCCCACGACUGCUGCAGAGAUUGAUGCGUUGAUGAUGGGAACGACGCAAGGCCCACCUAAGAAGGCCCGUCUCUGCUCCGACAAGGAUGUUGGCCAAUGUGCUCCCGAGGCAGGACAUCGGAGCAAGUUCUUCCCCAAAAUCGAGAAGAAGGCAGCGCCAAUGGACUCGUACUUGUUCUCGGACGAUUCGAUCGACGAGGCUUUGAUGAACCUACCAGAUAUCGACGGAUGGCGAGUACCAUCUAAACCCCAACGGUCCAUUACCGUUUUUGAGGAAUCCCCAUCACAGUCCUCGGACGCAACAACUAUGAAAGAUAGCCAGUUCAGCACCCGGGACGACGAACUCACAAACACGCAAACAAGCACAGCUGAAGCCUUUGUGGUCGAAACACAGGAUGAGAGCCAAGGCCAGAGCCUCAUUCCCGAGCCACCCAAAAGCACUCCGCUUCGUUCGCUACAGUCAUUCGCCUACAACCAGACACGUUCAGCCGCGACCAUCGGCUCGCCCGCGUCGGUCAGGUCGCAAGCAGCAUCUGUCUUUACACCGUCGACCGGGGCACCAUCGACUGCCGCCUCUUCUGUUGCCUUUUCGGCGACACAAUCUACCACCCAGCCCUCUAUCACCCAGGCUUUGAAGAAGCAACAUUUGACGCCACUCCAACGCAUUGGCGAGCGCGCCCUCUCCCGCAAACAGAUGACACACAACCGGCCUCGAUCGCCAAAGGCUAGCCCUAAGAGGCGCAACCAGCGAAACAGCGUGAUGGCAUUGCCUGUCAAUCCUUCUUUCGUCCCUCUGCCCAAGGUUGAUCUCGAUGAGGUUGAGGCUCUCAACAGGCCAGUGGGUAGUGAAGACAUGAUACCUGAUAGCGACGAGGAGAAUGAUCUGGACGACGAGAAGGAUGGCGGCAUCGUGGGUGACGAAAACAGCGGCAACGCAAGCCUAAACCUCUCACGGUUCUUGAAGCGAAAGGCCGCUGAGGCGACGAUCCCCUCCCAGCCUGCUGUAGCACCACCCAGUAAGAGGAUCGCCUCAGCUGCCACGCUGCAACCACAAGCCCCGCCAACACCCGCCACCAACGGCAUGGAUUCCGAGGAAGACUUCAUGUCUGCCAUGUCGAGUGAUGAGGAGAUGCAGGAGUUCUCCGACGACAACGAUAACUUCGAAGAUGAGUUUGACGAAGAAGACCCCGACUUUGGCGUAAGCCAAGACGCCGAGAACAAGAAGAAGGUUGCCUACGAUAUAUCCUACAAGGUGUAUGAGCCUACGGACAUUCAACGACAACAAGAUGACAUGAUCGACGAGGUCAACAUGAUCCUAAAUCUUCGCAAGGAAGAUGUGGCCAUCUUGUUACGACACUUCCGCUGGAACAAGGAAAGAUUGAUCGAGGACUACAUGGACAGGCCGAACAAGGUUCUCGAAGCGGCAGGACUUGGCACAAACGUAACUGGCCCUCCACGACUCGAAACCAUACCCGGAUUCAUGUGCGACAUCUGCUGUGAGGAUGAUGCCGACCUUGAGACAUUCGCCAUGAAGUGCGGUCACCGAUACUGCGUCGCUUGCUACCGACACUACCUGAACCAGAAGAUCAGGGAGGAGGGCGAGGCGGCGCGCAUCCAGUGCCCCGCUGACCGUUGCGGUCGGAUUCUCGACUCCAAGUCGCUCGACAUUCUCGUGACGGCCGAACUGAGCGGGCGGUAUAAGGAACUGCUGAACAGGACCUAUGUGGAAGACAAGGAUGCUCUCAAGUGGUGCCCAGCACCAGACUGCGUCAACGCCGUUGAGUGCGGCGUCAAGAAGAAGGAUCUCGACAAGGUAGUGCCCACGGUUGCCUGCGCCUGUGGCCACCGGUUCUGCUUCGGCUGCAUCCUGACUGAUCACCAGCCGGCCCCCUGCAGCCUGGUCAAGCUGUGGCUGAAGAAGUGCGCAGACGAUUCGGAAACGGCAAACUGGAUAUCGGCCAACACAAAGGAGUGCCCCCGCUGUAACAGCACCAUCGAGAAGAACGGAGGCUGCAACCACAUGACGUGCAGGAAGUGCAAGCACGAGUUCUGCUGGAUGUGCAUGGGUCUGUGGUCCGAACACGGCACGAGCUGGUACAACUGCAACCGCUUUGAAGAGAAGAGCGGCACCGAUGCCCGUGAUGCGCAGGCCAAGUCACGCGUGUCGCUAGAGCGCUACCUCCACUACUACAACCGCUAUGCGAACCAUGAGCAGUCGGCCAAGCUCGACAAGGACAUUUACCACAAGACGGAAAAGAAGAUGGUGCAGCUGCAGAAGGAGUCUGGCAUGUCAUGGAUCGAGGUCCAAUAUCUCAACUCGGCGUCCCAGACGCUCCAGACGUGCCGCCAAACACUGAAGUGGACCUACGCCUUUGCUUUCUAUCUCGCGCGCAACAACCUGACGGCCAUCUUUGAGGACAACCAAAAGGAUCUUGAAAUGGCAGUGGAAGCUCUCUCAGAAAUGUUUGAAAAGCCAGUCACGGAUCUCGCCGACCGCAAGCUCAAGGUUGAUAUUCUCGACAAGACGUCAUACUGUAACAAGCGCCGAAUCAUCCUGCUCGAGACGACAGCGGAGAACCUUGCUAGUGGUGGCUGGGAUUUCAUCGUUGAUCUCAACCCGAAGGGAGCCUCUGCCGCCGCAGCCAACACCCGCGGUUAG